AUGGUGUGCAAGGAGAUCUUCUUUACUACUCGACAUCACCGAACUCCACUUGCCUGGCUUCCUGUACAUGGUUUGCUACAAGUGGGUGGACCGGUUGGCAGCUCCUCAUACCCCUCUCCAUACCAUGUCCCUCCAACUGCCCACUCGCUCAUUCCCACUCUUUCCCUUUUAUUGUCGGUCUGUACGUCUGUCUGCCAUUCUGAGAAUUGUCCAGCCCUUGCUUUUUGCAAGAACAUGCACGUGUCAUCUGCAGGGUUUCUAUCCUAA